AUGCUCAUCUCGGCUGUUCGCUCCCCCACAGGCUAUGACAUCGGUGUGACGGGGGGCGUCCACUCCAUGGCUUCCUUCCAAGAGAAAUUUUUCCCCGAGAUCUACGAGCGCACACAGCUGGGAGUCUCAGACACGAGCCCGUACUGCAAGUACGACAACCAGGUGCUGCAGACCUUUACCUCCACCAUGUUCCUGGCGGGCAUGUUCUCCUCCCUGGUGGCCGCCACCGUGUGCCGCAAGUAUGGCCGCAAGCCCACCAUGUUCCUUGCCGCCUGCCUCUUCAUUAUUGGCGCCGGUCUGCAGGGCGGCGCCGUCAACCUGGCCAUGCUCUUUCUCGGCCGCUGCAUCCUGGGCUUUGGCGUGGGCUUUGCCAACACCGCCGUGCCCAUGUACCUGUCGGAGGUGGCCCCGGCUCAGUACCGCGGCGGCCUGAACAUCCUAUUCCAGUUUGCCGUCACCUUUGGCAUCCUGGUCGCCGGCCUGGUCAACUACGGCACCCAGAACUUUGCGGCGGGUUGGCGUGUGUCCCUGGGUCUGGCCGGCGCCUUCGCCAUCGUGCUGGGCGUCGGCUCCUUAGUCCUGCCUGAGUCGCCCAACUCGCUGGUGGAGCGGGGCAAGGUGGCGAGGGGGCGCGCCGUGCUGCAACGCCUGCGUGGCGUGGAGGACGUCGAGGCCGAGCUGGAGGACAUGAUCGAGGCCACGGAGGAGGCCAGCCGUGUCACCCUGCGCCAGUCCUACUCCUUCAUGUUCCACCGCGCCAACGCACCCCAGCUCAUCAUCGACAUCAUCAUCCAAUUCUUCCAGCAGUUCACUGGCAUCAACGCCAUCAUGUUCUACGUUCCCGUGCUGUUCAACUCCUUGGGGACAAGCCGCAAGACAUCCCUGCUCAACACCAUCAUCAUCAACUGCAUCAACUGCGCCUCCACCAUGGUCGCCGUCCUCCUGGUCGACAGGUUUGGGCGCCGCUUCUUCCUGCUGGAGGCCGGCGUGCAGAUGUUUGUCUCCCAGCUCAUCGUGGGUAUCGUCCUCGCCACCCAGUUUGGCAAGUACGAGGAUGGCCAGCUGCCCACCGGCACCACCGUGGGCGUGCUGGUGGUCAUCUGCGUCUUCAUCUCCUCCUUUGCCUGGUCCUGGGGCCCCAUGGGCUGGCUCGUGCCCUCCGAGAUCCACACCCUGGAGACCCGCCCCGCCGGCAUGGCGAUCGCCGUGGCCGCCAACUUCCUCUUCACCUUUGUGAUCGGGCAGUCCUUCCUGUCCAUGCUCUGCGCCAUGAAGUGGGGCGUGUUCAUCUUCUUUGCCGGCUGGGUGGUGAUCAUGACCCUCUUCGCAUACUUCCUCAUCCCCGAGACCAAGGGCGUCCCCGUGGAGCGCGUGCCCAUCCUGUUUGCCCGCCACGCCCUCUGGUCCCGCGUCAUGGGCCCCGUGUCCCUGGAGAUCAUUGAGCGCGACGCCACGCGCACCGUUUCUCGCCAGGCCGCCGCCGACCAGCGCGCCGCCGCCAAUGGUGCCCUGAAGAAGGAGCCUCUGUGA